UAGGAUUCUGGGCUACGCUUAGAGCCAGGCUGUUGCUGAGCACCCAGGAGCGAGAGGAGCUGGAGGAGAGAGAAGCAGCAAGAAGCAGCCAAGAGUUGGAGCCAGACCAGGAGGAGCCCAAGCGAGAGUUGCUCUUGCUAAAGCAGCAGCAACUAAAGAAGUUGAAAAGAUGCUGAUUUUCUUGGGACUGCUCACCUCCUUCCUUUCUUUCCUGUAUGUGACAGCUCCAUCCAUCAGGAAGUUCUUUGCUGGUGGGGUUUGUAGAACCAACGUGCAGCUUCCCGGGAAGGUGGUGGUAAUCACCGGCGCCAACACGGGCAUCGGCAAGGAGACGGCUAGAGAGCUUGCACGCAGAGGAGCCCGAGUAUACAUUGCCUGUCGAGAUGUACUGAAGGGGGAGUCUGCUGCCAGUGAAAUUCGAGCUGAUACGAAGAACUCCCAGGUGCUGGUACGGAAACUGGACCUAUCUGAUACCAAAUCCAUCCGAGCCUUUGCUGAGGGCUUCCUGGCAGAGGAAAAACAGCUUCAUAUUCUGAUCAACAAUGCAGGAGUUAUGAUGUGUCCAUAUUCCAAGACAGCUGAUGGCUUUGAAACCCACCUGGGAGUCAACCACCUGGGUCACUUCCUUCUCACCCGCUUGCUCCUGGGGCAGCUGAAGGAGUCUGCUCCUGCGCGGGUGGUGAACCUGUCAUCAGUGGUCCACCAUGCUGGCAAGAUUCGCUUCCAUGACCUCCAGGGUGAGAAGUACUACAACCGGUGUUUUGCUUAUUGCCACAGCAAGCUGGCCAAUGUGCUCUUUACUCACGAGCUGGCCAAGAGGCUCCAAGGCACGGGGGUCACCACCUACGCCGUGCACCCAGGCAUCGUCCGCUCCGAACUGGUCCGGCACUCAUUCCUGCUGUGCCUGCUCUGGCGGCUCUUCUCCCCCUUCCUCAAGACAGCGAGGGAGGGGGCCCAGACCAGCCUGCACUGUGCCCUGGCUGAGGGCCUGGAGCCUAUGAGUGGCAAGUACUUCAGUGACUGCAGGAAGACCUGGGUGUCUCCAAGGGCCCGGAAUAACAAAACAGCUGAGCGCUUGUGGAAUGUCAGCUGUGAGCUUCUGGGAAUCCAAUGGGAGUAGAGCUGGUGGAAGAGGCACAGCUGUAUCAGGCCCCGUCUACACCAUAAGGAAAGGGGACCAAAGAGAAGGCCCACCCUGCAGGAUUGUCCCAGCUGGCUGCUGUUGCGAAUCCUGCCCUGCUCCGAUACCCCUGACCCUUCCAGAGAUCUUCGCACACCCAUUCUUUCAUGAGGCCGGCUCAUGGCACGAGAUGGUCACACCUACAGAGCAUUCUUCCCCAAGACUUGCAGAGUCAGCCACCCUCUUGGGCCAGGAGGACUGGGCAGAUGCCAGGCUGGGCACAGGGAUGGCAGAAGAACCUGGGAAAUUGGGUCAAUUUCCUCACCAAGACCAAAAACGCCAGUUAACGUGCCCAGCUGAGGUGAGAGGAGCAUCAGCGUUACAUCUUCCCAGGGACUAUAGACUCAAAAACUCUUGACCUCUCUUUCCUCUUUGAAACAUUAAUCUGGAGUCUGGACCAACUCAGGAAAAUCUUGGCUCAGCCUUGGUUGACAGAACUACUGAGCCUUCGUGCUGCAACUACUGAAGCCCAAGCACCUAGAGCCCGUGCUCUGCAGCACUAGAAGCCACUGCAAUGAGAAACCCACGCACCACAACGAAGAGCAGCCACCACUCCCCACAACUAGAGAAAGCCUGUGCACAGCAACGAAGACCCAAUGCAGCCAAAAAUAAAUAAAUACAAUUAAAAAAUUAAAACAAAAAACCUCCCAAAAAACAAACCCACCUUGGCCAACUUUAGUUCCUUCCUCUGAGCAUCCUGUAGCCAUGGUGUGAAGCCGGACCUUUCUGUUUUCUUUUUCCAGUAUUUUUUUAAAAAUUAAAAACAAACCUUUUCAGUUUUACUGAGAUGUAAUUGAUGUAUAACAUUGUAAAAGUUUGGACCUUUCAUCAAAAAGAUGGUUUCUUUUUCCAAAGAGUUCCCUUUACCUCAAUUUUUAGAGAAAAUAAAGACUGAGCAUUCA